GAAAGCCGAUGCACACUCUGCCCAGUGGAUGGCAGACAUCUGUUGCUGGUCGUACUACAAAGUUUUUCCACGUCCGAUCGCCUCACGUCGGUGUCAUCUGUAGAUAUAACUUUUAACCACUUGUCGUGCGUUUUGAGAGGCUGUCAGUAUGGCACAGACUAUGAUGCACAUUUUCAGUGUGUUUACCCCUUCGAAGCACAUAAGAGCCUUCAGCGGCCUGUGGGUGAUGAACACGUUGUUAUUGUUUGUUACGGGAGAGGAAGUGUUAGAGAGUCGCCCUGGAACGAUCCACGACCUCCGGACAGCUCUGGUUGACCUGGCCGGGGAGGGAAGGACAUACUUGUGCUGGCUGGCCGGGGAGCAGACGGUGCUGACGGUGCAGAAGGCUUUCUCUCAGGCUCUGCGUGUGGUGGCGGCAAGUUUAGCUGGAGGUCUGACCACGCUCCUGGAGUGUGUGUCACACUUCCUGCAGGAUGUUGGAGUCCUCAGAGGUGGCUUUCCCAUUAACAAAGUGACCCCAGAGGGUCUGAUCUUUGUUUCCCAGUGGGUUCUCGUGGCUCUCAUUGGUUACUGGCUGCUCUCUCUUGCCUUACGAUUGGUUGCCUCCACUCUGAGGCAGUUUCUAUGGCUGCUGAAAUUGAGCGUGGCUUUGGUUUGUUUCGGACUCAUCCUGAGCGAUCAUAGCGUCAAAACAGAAACCAUAGCCAUCCGAUUGGCUGUCCUGGUGUCCGUCUGCAUCCUGCUGGGCGUUGGGAGGGGCUCUAAUGCAGCUGAUAAAACCGCUUAUCUGGAGGAGCAGGUGAAGAUCCUGGAGAGGCGGCUGAAAGAGAUGGAGAGUUGGAGGAAGACAGAGGAGUGGAGGGACUGAGAGAAGUCAAAUGUUGGUCUUUUGUCUUCUGUUUCUCCUACCUGAUUCAACAUGUACAGAUGAUGGUGCACUGCUGUCCCUUUCGGGCUUGGAACUUCAAUGGAGAAACAUUUCUACACUUGAUGUUUUCUAUAAUGUGUUCAGAAAGUAAUUCAUUCCUUGUGAUUUGUUACUAACACAAUUUAAUUACUUAGUCAGUGCCUUGAAGCAGUGAUUUGUUAGUCUACAUUAGUCUGUUAAGUUUUUUUUUUUUUACAGUUUCUUCCUGUAAAAUUUGCAAUUUGAUCCUAAGAAUGUGCUACAGUAUGAAGGAGCAGGGGAUAAAAACAUUUUACGUCCAAUGCUCUAAUUGUUCUUGAACUACAUUAAAUAAACAUUUUGGGAAAUAAUGAUAAUAAUAAUAAUUUAAAAAAUAAUUAUUUAUAUAGCACCUUUCAAAACACAAAGUGCUGUUCAUUUAGAACAGCAGACAUUUAAUACACCACAGCAAUAAAACAUACUAAAAUUGAUAAAAACUAAACAUUAUAACAUUAUAAAACACAAAGAUAGUAAAACAAACCAAAAUAUUAUAAAACAAAUGAAAUCACAGAUGAGCAAUUUUAAAAAAGUUGAAAUUUUGAAAGUGAUUUGAAAGACGAGGCACAGUUUCCAGCUCAGCUCUUCUCAGGCAGGUCAUUCCAAAGUCCAGGAGCCCUGGCCAAAAAACUUCACUUUUAUGUUUCAAUGUGGACCUUGGAACAACCAGGAUGUGUUUGAUAUUAGGAUAAAUGUACUAUCUGGUCCUAUGAUCAUUAUCUCUGCCUUAUUAGCAUUUAGCUGUAGCAAAUUCUGUGACAUCUGCUUGUGAAUGUCAUGAAGGCAGUUGAGCAGCUUGUUUUUUAAGUAGGACCUAAACCACUGCAGACCAACCAACCCAGAUUUCAAGAUGGUACAAGAGAAUAUCAUGGUCAGUGGUACCAAAUGCUGCACGUCGAUCCAGGAGAACAAGAAUGGAUUUAUGGCCAGCAGCAGCUGACAGAAAUAAGUCAUUUAAGACCAUAAGAAUUGCAGUUUUAGCACUAUGUUUCUCAAAGAUACUGUCUUUAUGAAUAAGAUCUGGCAGUUGAUAUACUACAACCGUUUCUAAAACCUGAGGUAAAAAUGGGAACUCAGAAAUAGGCCUAAAUUCUGUUUGGACCAACAGAGGCCAGUUUGACAACAGGGAUACAGUAUGAGGUGAUAUACAGUGGCUCCAACUAGGACUCAAACUCCAGGGAUGGUAAAAUCACAACAGAUGGGAACAGGAGAGGCUGAAAGCCAGAGAGCAGCAAGAGGAAUGUUGCUCAUUGAAAAGACAAACCAAGAUGGUUUUGAUGAGUUUUAUUUUGUUUCUUUUGAAUGAAGUCUGUUGUGUGAUGAGUUAACAAUGCUUUUCACUCAGAAAAAAUAAAAGAGAAACUUCAAUUCA